ACUCGAGUGCUUGCUACAGUACAGCGGAAUGUUAUGGGGGGAACCAGCGUAUAUCUCACGGCCAACCACUUCGCCCGGACUGAGAGCAUCUGACACUCCGACGGGGAUAUUAAUGAGGAAGUUCAUUUAGCGGCAAGAUGAGCCUUAUAGCAGAUCAAAGAAACUAGGUCAGUUUCUGAAGAAAUGGCACGUCACUUUUGUUUCUAUCAAGGUUUAUAGCCUGAGCCCACUAGUACAGGUGUAAACAAGCUGCGCCCCCAAAGAACGUGACGUCAUGAAGCCCGGCCCCCCGCGACGAGUUUUCCGGAAACUUUUCACAUGGGGCGUGUCCUCGCGCAACCAAUACCAUUCCUUGUGUGUCAACAUUAUCCUACAUAAUCGAUUACUUAUCGAAUUUUCGUUAUCAAGCGAAAACAUAUCAAACUGCCAAUUAAACCAUUACAUGAAUGGUGUAUAAAUAUGAGAGCUUCCCCUCAGCCUCAGUAGUUUGUCACCGACAGUAUAGAGGACUCUGCUAUAUCUCUGCCUCGAAACCCGCUUUACUUCACCAUAUACACACACGCUCAAGGCACGUUGCGCUUCGGACAUUCUCUGACCACAAUGGGAUCCCUUCCAGCUCUGCUUAUUGCGUCUCUUAUGAUAACACAUUGUGUGACCGGACUUAUUCUACUUAAACCAGGUGCCGAUACGCAUGAUUUACUUGAUUAUGAAGAAUUCCCCGAUUCGGAACUAUUUGACACUCUGGUUGACAUGAGCAAAUCAGAUUUGUCAGCAAACAGGUACCGCCUGCAGGUGCGUCCCUUUGAACCCAACGACGUCAGCUAUGAUGAUGACGAUUACUACGACGACCACGACAUCUAUGAAGAAGGGGACGUGAUGAUGACGCCUCCAGCGGAUGUACCAGCCUUUUCAGACAGUUAUGCGGCUUACGACAACGUCGACGAUGACAACGUCGCCACUGCAUUGACGUCACUACAUCGUCGUGGGAAACGCUCCGUCGUGGACCAGGUGGAUGCCAAAGUGGAAGUGUUGGUCGUGGUUGACAACGCCAUCUACCAGCACUACGUGGAGAAGACUCGUACCCAGCGGGAAGCCCUGGCUAUGCUGAGGAGCUACUAUGGGAUGGUGUUCGCCAUGGUUGACCAAAGAUUUAAAACCAUCGCGGACCCCGAGUUAUCCAUUGCAGUCAAGAUCUCUGGAAUACUCGUGUCAGAGUCGAGGCAGGAUUCCGCAUGGCUCGAGUAUCUAGUACAGUGGUCCCGACGUCGGGAUGAGGGAAGAGUCAAUGCACAUAAAGCCCUAAAGUAUUUCAUCAAAUGGCUGAAGGACCAGAAGAACCUGCCCAAAUAUGACCACGCCAUGGCCUUCACAGGGUAUCACCUGGUUAAUAAAGCCAGCAUCGACCUCGGAGGUAUGGCCUAUGUUAGUUCAGUCUGCAACACCCGUGACGGCAACUCCGCAUCUAUGGUCGCAGACCCAGGGGACUUCCAGGUCGUCAAGGUCGCCGCCCACGAGCUGGCACAUAGCCUGGGAGCCAGCCACGACGGGGAUAAGGAAAACAAGGACUGUCCUCCCGAGGACAACUUCAUCAUGGCGCCCCAGACUACCAGUGAGCACAAUAAACUCAAGAAUGCAUUCUACUUCUCCCCGUGCUCCGUCCGACAGAUGAAGAAACUCCUCGGGUCAGAACAGGCGGCAUGCGUGCGGGACACCCCGACCGUCUACUACGAGUACAACCUGCAGAGACUACCCCCGGGACAAAAAUACUCAGCUGAUCAACAGUGUAAACUUAUAUUUGGCAAAAAAUCAGAAUUCUGCGGGACUAAGAACCUGAAGAUGGUCAUGUGUGGUCAGCUGUGGUGCAAGGACCCGGAGAAUGGACUCACCUGCCGCACCCACUCGUACCUCACAGCGCUGCCAGGAACCACGUGUCGGGAGGGCAAGGUGUGUCAUCUAGGUGUUUGCCAAACAAAUCCAUACGGACGACGCCCAACUGGUAGAAUGCAGAUAUCUAGAACACCGUCACAGACCAACCGUCGUCAGAGUACCAACCGAAGAACGUCCAGAUUGAGACGGCCAGGCAACCGUCAGGGUCGCAGACGUCAGAACAACAGCAGACGACAACUCAGCAGGAUUUCCGGCGGAAGAAGGGGCCGCAACAGGGGACGAUCGUCAAAACAGAGAGGACAAUGCCUUGCCGACCAGAACAAAACAUAUUGCGAGGGGCUGAUAAAAGUCAACCCGCGCGUCUGUCGCCGCAGAGCCGUGAGGAAGUACUGUUGUCAGACAUGCGUAUUCAGACGACGGAGACUUUAAAGACGAGAUGUUGGUUUUCAUGUGGAGUGCGUUUCAUACAGACCAAAUUGUCGAAACGACUUUGUGCAUAACAUCCAAUCAAUGCGCGAUAGUUUUAUUAAUGACAUCUGAACAUGUUUGCUUGCUCGUACAACCUGUACAUUACUUGAAGAAAUCUGCUAGGAUACCCGAUAAGGAACAGCUUGAAUAUCCGCGUUUCCAUUCACUACUAGAGCACGGCUUGUAGACCGGAAGUGCAACAGCAGAAGUAGACAGGUUUCCAGUUGCUAGGCAUUCUCGGGACACCAGUGCGCAGAACCGCUAUCGCCCGCAGAUAGUCCAGAUUGACAUGUGCACAAGAAGCUGUGCGAUCAUUUUACAAAACUCCAUGACACCAAUUUAAAAGUUUUUAAUGUUUCCUUGGGUAAUACAAAAGCACAUAGCCCCAUGAUAAUCUAUAUUACUGAAUGCUUACUUCAAGUGCGUAAAGAACACGAAGCAUUGUUUGGACUUAAAGUGCGACGAACAACCAAAUAAUAUCCUAAAACUAACCUUAAAAUUAAUUCAAACUGCUUUCCACUGCCUUUACAUUGAACAAGAAUCUUUGUUCAUUCUAUUUAAUGACAUCGUGAAGAAUAAUGUUGAUAUGAAGAACAUCUCUCAGAAUGUACGAAAGUCUUCAAUUACUGUUGUUGCUGCUGCUGGCGACUGCUGCUGCCAUCAGUGACUGGCCAGUCUUGUCAAAACAUUCCAUACUGCCUUGUGUUUAUGAUGUGAAUAAUCAUAGAUAUUAUAUUUGUAAAUUAUGUGUGAGAGACCGAGUGAAAGCAGGUGUAAAUUUUUCUUCCGUCCACUUUGUAAGUAUUUAUUUCAGACUGUUUAUUUUGUCUUUAAUACUUUUUAUAUUUUUAAUAUGUGCUGAAAUACUCUGACCAUGUGCAAUAAUUUUUAUCUUGUUUCCAUACUAGUGUCAUUCAUACCAUGUCAAUAAAUUCAUUGUCAGAACUGGU